UCAUCCUCCUAUAUAACUCCCACCAGUUGCGACCGGAUACAGCCACGCCUACGUAAAAGCACCCCCAUUGGAGAGGGUGAUUGCGUAGGUUGUGCUGAAAUGAAACUGGGUCAGGCAGACUCGAGGCAGGCCGAGUCAGGCCGAAGCUCGAGAAUCGUCCAGGCGUUUUCGACACGAAGCAGUCCCUUGGAAACCACCCCGAAGCCCGUCGUUGCUGCGCCACUUCAUCGGCAUUCCAUCCUUAAAGCCUACGCUCGCUCCGAAGCGAAACCUAGCCUCGUUAAGACCGCAAAUCAAGCCACCCGGCCACGAAGAAAACCCGGAAGAAGCAGCGGGAUUAGAUUACACACGUGAGUUUCGACGCAUUGAUUUGAUAAAGCGGAUGACGACAACAUUCAACACAAUGGACUGUUGAGGCGAGGGACACAAGCAGAGACAUGGACAAUGUGCAAAUGAUCGGCACUAAAAUCACAGCGAUCAAGGAAUACUUAUAUAAUUUCGCACGAACGCAUUCACCUACCAGACUAAUGAGUUCCGAAAACACCUAUUCGCUCUCGAAGGAGCAUUGCAACUUGAAGUAUUCGGACAUUCUGCCAAACAACGUAGAAGGUUAUCCGGCCACUAAAGAGUUCUUGAUGAAGGUAGUGGAUAUCCUGCUAGACUUCGUCAAAUCAACGAAUGAUAGAAAUGCGAAGGUUCUCGAUUUUCAUCAUCCUGCUGACAUGAUGCGUCUACUCGAUCUUGAAAUACCUGAUACUGGAUUGACUCUUCAACAGCUCUUACUAGAUUGUUCCAUGACCUUAAAAUAUCAAGUGAAAACAGGACAUCCACACUUCUUCAAUCAAUUAUCAUGCGGUCUUGAUUUAAUAUCCAUGGCCGGUGAAUGGCUAACCGCAACAGCGAACACGAACAUGUUUACCUACGAGAUUGCUCCUGUGUUUAUUCUGAUGGAACAUUUCGUUUUGCAAAAAAUGCGCGAGCUUAUAGGCUGGAAUUGCGGCGAUUCCAUUCUCGCUCCAGGAGGAUCUAUUAGCAAUCUUUACGCCUUUCUUGCGGCCAGACAUAAAAUGUUCCCAUACUAUAAAGAGAAAGGACUCUCUGCUAUUGGAGGGCAGUUGGUUAUGUUUACGUCCGAUCAGUGCCAUUAUUCUGUGAAAUCAUGCGCUUCCGUUUGUGGUCUCGGAACGGAUAACUGCGUGAUGGUGCCUAGCGACGAACGCGGUCGCAUUAUUCCAUCGAAGUUGGAGGAAUCAAUUCUCGAGCGUAAGGCCAAAGGUCACAUACCGUUCUUCGUGAAUGCCACUGCGGGAACAACGGUUAUUGGUGCAUUCGACCCGAUCCCAGAAAUCGCUGAUAUCUGUCAAAAAUAUAAGCUCUGGCUGCAUGUCGACGCGGCUUGGGGUGGUGGACUGCUUCUGUCGAGAAAGUACAGGCAUCCGAGAUUAUCUGGCAUCGAACGGGCUGACUCGGUGACAUGGAAUCCUCAUAAACUUAUGGGAGCCCUGCUUCAAUGUUCUACCAUUCAUUUUAAGGAAGACGGGCUACUGAUCAGCUGUAACCAAAUGUCCGCGGAAUACCUGUUUAUGACAGACAAGUUAUACGACGUGAGGUACGACACUGGCGAUAAGGUCAUUCAAUGCGGACGUCACAAUGACAUUUUCAAGCUUUGGUUGCAAUGGCGCGCCAAGGGCACAGAAGGUUUCGAGAAACACAUGGAUCGGUUGAUGGAACUGACGGAGUAUAUGGUUAAAAGAAUUAAACAAAUGCCCGACAAAUAUUAUCUGAUUCUCGAGCCUGAAUUGGUGAACGUCUGUUUUUGGUACCUGCCCACGCGCGUGCGAAACAUGCCACAUACCGCGGAGAGAAUAAAAAUUUUAGGCGAGAUUUGUCCAAUUUUGAAGGGCCGCAUGAUGCAAGCUGGUACACUGAUGGUUGGUUAUCAGCCGGACGAUCGGCGGCCCAACUUCUUCAGGAAUAUUAUCUCCAGUGCCGCCGUAACGGAAGCUGACAUCGAUUUCCUCUUGGCCGAGAUGGAUCGAUUGGGUCAUGACUUGUAAGAAAUCUGUCCACACAUAGGCAUUAAUCAUACAAUAUGCAGUGGUUAAACGAUUGAGCGUUUUAACAUUGGCGACAAUCGUUUUUGUCGCACAAUUUAUCUUAACAUAUUCUUCGCAACAUAUUUAGAAAAGAUAUGUAUGCGAUGAAUUUGAAGCUCAGAUCAAAAUUCAAAAUCAUCAGUAUGAAAUGUAAAAUAUGCGAAGGUAUGUUUGAUUUCGAUAAUCGAUAAACGAUAAUCUUGAUUUUAUUGUUGUAA